GUUUUAGAAAGAAAGCUUUCGUCAAUAAGUACUUACCUAAAUGUUAUAUACGGAUUUUGGGAAGUAGGUACUUGAUUAGGUACACGGGAGACUAUCUGGGGGCUUACCGCAAAAACCGAAAUUCGCAAAAUGCGGAGAUAUUUCUCUUUUAAUCUCACUAAGACGUAAUUAGAGUGACAGAGAAAAAUGCCCGCAAUCGACGAACUUCGAUUUUCGCGGUUCCCUGUACUUAGCCAUAGCCCUGGUACUUAGGUGCCAGUCAAUUCAUUUAUAAUAUUUAUAUGAUCACAACACAUCAUGUCUUUGUUUCACGAUCAGGGUUUCAAGAUAUCAGAACGUUCCUUCGCCUAUACAUGUAUAUCAUAUGUAAACUACACAUAAGGUACGAAAAAAAAUUCAAAUGAAAAAAACUGAUGCAAUUGAUAGGAAACAUGUUGUUAGUUAUAAGUUUUUUUUAAAUGAUAUUUUUUUCUGUAGGAGUGGUAAGGCAGCUUCUUCCUAGCUCAUCCAGUGGUAGCUUUUUACAUGGAUGGAUGUUUUUCAUACUAUCCCGCAUCAGCCCAUCACCUGCUGGAGUUGUUAAUUUUUUUUUGCUGUUUUUUUAUAUACUACGUCGGUGGUAAACAAGCUUACGGCCCGCCUGAUGGUAAGCAGUCUUCGUAGCCUACGUACGCCUGCAACUCCAGAGGAGUUACAUGCGCGUUAGCGACGCUAACAACCCUCCCUAUCCUCGUUGAGCUCUGGCAACCUUACUCACCGGCAGGAAUACAACACUAUGAUUAGUAGUGUUUUAUCCUUCCCUUUUAAAACAUUUAGCACUGCAGGAGGUUUGGUGCUCUUACUCUGCUCUUCGUCAAUUACCAAAUGCGAUUUUUUAAACGAAUGAAAUUGUAUGAUUUUUGACUUGGUCUAGAAUUAAAUAACGCAAAUUUUCGGUUACUCUAGCUAUCCUAACCUUCGUAUGAAGAACUGAAUUUCGUUGCACUUUUAGCCUUAUAUGUGCUAUACUAUGCGUACCUACUAUUUUUAGUUUGCUACCUAUCCGUCUUUGAUUUUCUUAUUAACGGGUCAGUGACUAAACAACAUAAAAGCUACUUAAAACCAAGUUAAUGGCCUUAUAGUUAUGGGCAACAGGUGAGUGGCACCGAACCUUUGAACAAGUCAACCAAUUCAUAAAACAUCUUAUCUCGACAUGAGCGAUACGCUAGUAUAAUUUGAUCCUCAAGAUUCAUAACAAAUAUUAGGCAAUCGGGGUCAAAGUUUCUGGCCAGCGCCUGUGACAGUCUUCGGUACAGUACCUAAAUGUUGUAAACAUUACUGUUGUACCUAUAAUCAAUCUACAGUACUUACUUACACGGUCACGGAAGCUCAGACAGUGAAAUCGGUAAUAAGACUUUACCUACAUUAAGAGAUGGUUAUAUAGUGAUUAGUCCCGUAGGUUCGUGUUCUUCUUUCACUCUGAGCGUAAGCGAGAUGGAUGUGCGUUGUGCGAGCGGGAUUGCGGAUAGGUAUUAUGUUUUUGAAUUUUAAUUCCAUGUAAGUUUUAACAAAAAAAGUUAUCAAUGAGCUCUCUCAAAAAUUAAGUUGCGCAUUUUAAAAAUUGAGCUUUCGUGCAUACAAUUUUUUAAAGUGCGUUUUAGACCUAUGUUCAUCAGGAUUUUCAAAAAAUCUGAAUUCGAGUCGAUGAAGUCCCUAGAGAAAUUCUCAAGAGUGCUAAUUAAAUUUAUGUCAACAGUAUGGUGAUCUAAAAAAGCAUAACCUACCGCACCUUAGCAAGCAGGUUAAACGCAUAGCUAGUUAGAUUUUUUUUUUUUGUGUAUGAAAGGAAAAUAAGAACAAGAAAUAUGAUUGGACAUUAAAUCUACCGGAAUCUAUCAUAUAACACCGGAUCCCAUAAUAUGCCUAGCUUGCUACUAUAUAUAGUACCCUUAGGUAUAGAGAUACUGCAGAACUGAAAACCUGCAAAUAAAUCGGCAAACUAACGAGGUCGGCGAAGCUAAAAGUUGUUUUGUUUUUAAUUUUCAUUCCGAAUAAAACUAGGUCUUCCGUAACUAAAAUGGUGGCUUCAAUUCAUUCACGUUUCCAAUUAACAAAGAAUUUAAUAUGUGCGCCCUUCCACUGUACAUUUUUCUGUUAGGGUAAACUCUUCAGUUAUUGGCACUUUGAGCCUAAUCUUGACAAUUAAUUUCCGUCUUUACAGCUUUGGUGAUACGAGUGAUCGUAUCAAUAAUUAGAGUGCCUACAAUAGAGCUGUUUACCCUACAUACUAGGUACUUAUUAUGUAAACAAGGUUGUAUAUGAAGGAUCGAUUAGAUGCGCGCGCUGCGCACUUCGCUUCAGUAAGUUCCCGUAACAGCGAGCCUCAAUCGCAAAUACAGUCAGCUGGGGUUGAAAUACAAGGAGCCAAGAUGCCGGGCGCCAGGCAUAAAAUAUUGGGGCACGUCCUGUCGGGGUUCUGCCACAAGAUGAACCGACGCAAACCUCUGUAUGGGGAUGCAAUGGAUACUCCGCUCAACCGAUGUCUUACCACCUUGGACAUCACUUUACUUGGCGUCGGCCACAUGGUAGGCGCCGGCAUCUACGUCCUAACGGGCGCAGUGGCGCGGCACAUGGCCGGUCCAGCCACGGCCCUCAGUUUCCUCCUGGCCGGCAUUACGUCUACCCUCGCGGCACUGUGUUAUGCAGAAUUCGGUACCAGGAUACCGAGAGCGGGGAGUGCUUAUGCGUAUACUUACGUUAGCAUUGGAGAAUUCUGGGCCUUCAUAAUCGGAUGGAACAUCGUCUUGGAGUAUAUGAUCGGUGCAGCGUCAGUCGCCAGGGCGUGGUCCGGUUAUUUAGACGCAAUGUUAAACGGAGCUAUAAGCAAUGCCACCAUAUCUGUCACCGGAGAAAUGCAUGAAACUCUUCUUAGUCGAUAUCCAGACGUUUUAGCAUUUUUAAUAUGCAUUUUAGCCUCGCUCAUUUUAGCGGUAGGCGUUAAAACCUCUGCUUACAUCAACAACGGCCUCACUAUUCUAAACCUUUUGGUUAUAACGCUAGUGAUAUCGCUUGGUUUUUACUACGCUGAUAUAUCCAACUGGUCGGCAGCGAAUGGAGGUUUUAUGCCUUUCGGAUUUAGUGGGGUAUUAGCAGGGGCUGCUACAUGUUUCUACGCCUUUGUUGGCUUUGACAGCAUUUCGGCGUCUAGCGAGGAAGCUAAAGAUCCUUCGCGGUCCAUUCCUAUAGCGACAGUCCUUUCCAUGGCUAUAGUAGCUUUUGGAUAUAUUCUUGUCGCACUAGCUUUGACUCUUAUGGUGCCAUAUACGAGUAUUAAUCCUGAAGCAGCUCUGCCGUCCGCUUUAGGUGCAGUGCAUGCCGAUUGGGCUAAAUAUGCAGUUUCUGUUGGAGCUGUUUGCGGAAUGACAACUACUCUUCUUGGCUCUCUGUUCUCCCUGCCCCGUUGUUUAUACGCUAUGUCUACUGAUGGUUUACUAUUCGGUUUCCUCAGCGACAUUAACAACAAGUCUCAGAUUCCUAUUGCAAACUUAAUUAUUUCUGGACUAUCAUCCGCUAUUAUAGCUCUAUUGUUUGAUUUGGAGAAGCUUGUAGAAUUCAUGUCCAUCGGUACAUUACUGGCGUACACCAUCGUGAGCGCUGCGGUUAUAAUAUUACGGUACCGGCCUGCCCCUACAGUUGACGAUAAGACUUUUGGAGUUCCGCCAAUAGAUUCUCCUGGGGACCGUGAAGAUAGUUCAGCAACCGGUACACCAGCGACCGAUGGCGGAUCGUCUUCUUCAGAGAUGUUCGAAGCUCUAACAGUGGGUCGUCUCCGCCCGCAAUACGCCUGGCUUGAGCCACUCGUCGGCGGCCGAGCGCCCGGCGCCGCCGUGUCUGGCUGUGUGUACACACUGACCGCAGCUGCCGCAGCGUUGUGCGCCCAUAACCACUUCGUAGCUGAGCAGGCGGGCUUGUGGGCGCUGCUUCCGGACCUGGUGCUCACUUCCAUUAUUAUUGCUUGCUUAUUCAUAAUCUGGGCGCACCAGCAGUCACCAGCGCGGCUUCCAUUCAGAGUACCGUGGGUACCGCUGCUGCCUGCCGCUUCAGUCAUGCUCAACGUGGAGCUCAUGGUCAACCUCAAUGCGCUCACAUGGGCGCGGUUCGCUAUAUGGAUCACUUUCGGUCUUUUACUCUACUUUCUCUACGGCAUCCACCACAGCAAGCUCGGCGAAGGCGUAGCGGGUCUCCUCUCCCAAUCUGCCAGCGCCGGUCGCGGUUGGGGCGCCAUUGAGAAAACUUCGCGGCGCAUUGGCCGCUUCGGCCGAGAAAAGAGCGACGACCGAAAACCGAUCAUAAGCGACGAUGAACUCGCCCGGCGGGAGCCGUGAUUCUAAAGUAAACUGUAUGUGUUUUGUCUUAAAGUUACAAUUGGAAAACGCACGUUGAAAUUGUGAAUAUUGAUUUUAUUUAGUAACAUAAGUGUUUGAGAAUAGCGUUUUUAGCACUGAGACGAACAAGGACGCUGAGUAAAAGAUAUGACAUGUAUUGAAAAUUACACAAUUAAUUUUUAAACGGCGAAAAAUAUCGAUUUGAAAUACGAUAAUGCCCAACGAGAAACAACAAUUGGAUAAUUAAUCUUAGUUCAAAGAUACCUUAAGGUGCGUUUUUAAAAUGUAACAACUAUUCGUAUAAUUAUUUACAGAUCUGUGUUCAGCUCUAUAACUGUCGCUUAGUUUCUUCGUUUCAAAAGUUACACAAAAGAAAUAAGGUCGCCUGUGGUUGUGUUAUUAUAUGCUUGGCUACCACAUAUGAUCAAGACAUAAUACAAUAUAUAAGAUAAAAUAAUUAUGUACGCGGCUUAAAUCGAAUAAUACGCCAAAAAAAGUUCUACUAUUCGGACAAUACAUAUAGGCACAACAUUACUUCGCAUUUAUGGAAAAUAUGUACCUAUUUGAUGUUUUAUCUAUUGGAUAAAACAGGACAGGGUAGGUACAGUCAGCAAAGUUAUCAGCUCAGCACCCCUUCAUAUAAAGAUGUAGGUAUGCAGGGGUGCUAAAGCUAAUGAAACUUUUAACUCAGUGUCAAUUAUUGUAGGUAGUAGUACCUAUCUACAUACGACGUUCAAUAAAAUGAACUUUAAUGAUGAAAUUGACAGUUAAAAUGUUAAUCAGUAUGACCAAAGAUUCCGCAAUUGUUUAAAAAUAGAUAUUUAUAAGAUACAAACAUGCCAAAGACUAUUAUUAUAGCACAAAGUGAAGUCAGACUUCGUUUAAAAUUUGUUAUUCUCAUUGAUUAUGCAAAUCUAUGUAACAUUUAUUUUAAAUAAUUAAAUUGCUUGCAAAUUUUUCAUUUUCAUCUAAAACGUAGGUACUCGUAUAAGUACUAACUGUUGUUUAAUUUGUUGUGAUAUCACUUUCUAUGAGUGUUGCCAAAAAAGUAGUGUUUGUUUAUAUGAAAAUGAACUACGAAACGCUUUGAUUUUUUUUUGUUUUAUAUAUAAUAUGAGUUAUUUAGAUAUUUACCUACCUACCUUAUAUAAAUAAAUUAAAUUUCAUUUGAUGAAUCUUCCAACCCACAUGAUGAUACACUUCACGAAAGAUUGAUGGAAAACUGAGUACUUUUAACAAACUGCUAUAAAUGUCAGGAUAUUGUAGGUAAUUGCUUUGUGUGUACUUUUAUGUGCUGGUAGUAUUCCAUAUGAACAUAUCGUGUAGUCAAAUACCACAUAUAUAUUUCUGAGUAAUAUGAGCCAAUUUGUGGCAGCUUUUUAAGUGCGAUCUCAGGAUACAUAAAUAGUAAUACAUCAUAGUAUGUUAUUUAGCUUUCAAUAAAUAUGUAUAUCCUUUAAUGAAGUUCCAAAUAGGAAUGAACCGCCGAACAAAACUAUAUUCUAAAUAGCUAAUUGAUAAAAAAUCGAAUACAUGUUAAUUUUACGAAUUAGUAUAUAAGUAUGUCCUUGUAGGUAAAUAUAUUUGCAGAUAUAUCUUUUAUUUAUAAAAUUAAGUAACUAGACUAUUACAUAGUGACACCAAAUGUGAUCUUUUUAAAUUUCCAAGUACUUACAGUACCGGCCAAAAAUAAUUAUAUCAGCUUUUGGUUUUUACGGCAAACCUUUUUAAGGGUUCCUAGUUGACUAUGGGACCCUAAAAAGGUUUGCUGUAAAAACCUAAAGCUGAUAUAAUUAUUUUUGGUCGGUCUUUAAGAUUUCUAACCAGAAUGUUAUUGUUUUGUGCAUAUAUGUUUAUAGAAUACCAAAAUGUUUAUGAACUGCAUAUAUCAUUGUUAAUACUCUAACAACAUAUUUUAAGAAGUGUUGAUGUGUACAUAAAGAAAUUAUAAAAAUAA